GUCAGAAAUAUAACCGACUGUUGAGACGAGAAAAAGGUAAAUAUAUUGGUAAAUAACUACAUUUUAUUACAAAACAGAAAACCAGUUACCUACCUACUUUAUUCAGCGUUUGUAUAAUAAAGGAAACAUAAGAAUUACCAUGAGUUUGUUACAAUGUUCUUACGUUUGGGACGAAAAUUUAAUAACUGAAUGUGACCGUUUACCCGCCGUUUUAGGUCGUGCGUCCAUGGUACACGAUUUAAUAACAGCAUAUGGUCUUCACCAAAGUAUGAAGGUAGUCCGUUCAAGACCCGCAUCGUACAAUGAACUUAGAAAAUUUCAUUCAGAUUUAUACUUAGAUCACCUCAAGACCUUUGUGGAUAUUGAUGAAGAAUAUAUGACCAAUGCACAGGAUGAAGAGUUUGGCAUAGGAUAUGAUUGCCCUCCUGUGUCUCACAUGCUACAGUUAGUAUCAACUGUAGCUGGAGCAUCUAUAACAGCAGCCAAGUGUUUAAUUUUGGGUAUAGCUGAUAUAGCUAUUAAUUGGUGUGGAGGAUGGCACCAUGCACAGAGAUUUUCUGCUGAUGGAUUUUGCUAUGUAAAUGAUAUUGUUUUGGCAAUAGAUACAUUGAAGCAGAAGUUUCCCAAAGUUUUAUACAUUGAUCUAGAUGUCCACCAUGGCAAUGGAGUCCAAGAUGCAUUUGAACUAAGCAAGACAGUGUUUACACUAUCAUUUCACAAAUUUGAGCCGGGCUUCUAUCCUGGCACUGGGAGUAUAGAAGAUGUUGGGACUCUCACUGGUAAAGGGUACUCUGCUAAUUUUCCACUACAUGGCACUUACUCGGAUGAAAGUAUGCAGUAUGCUUUUAAACCGAUAUUAAAUGAAGUGUGUACAAAAUUUAUCCCAGAUGCUAUUGUUGUGCAAUGUGGAGCAGAUGCAUUGGCACGGGACCCCCAUGGUGGAGCCUCACUCACAUCUAAAGGCUAUUGUUCCUGUGUACAGAUGAUAUUGGAUAAAAGAAAACCUACGAUGCUACUAGGUGGAGGAGGAUAUGACCAUCCUAACACUGCAAGACUUUGGACAUCUAUAACAGCUUUGGUGCUUGAUAUAUCAUUAGAUGAAAAUAUACCUGAACAUAAAUAUUGGCCAGAGUAUAGACCAGGAUAUAUGCUGCAUACUGAACCUACCUUAGUAAAGGAUAUCAACAAAAAUGACUAUCUGGAUAACUGUAUAAGAACUAUUAAAGAUAAUAUAAAUAAAUAUUUAAUAAGACAUACAAGUGAGGAACCAGCGGUUAAAAGGCUGAAGAUUAAUAUGAACUCUAGUAAAGGUUUAACCAAGAAAGAAAAUGCAAGUACAUAUAAAGAUUAUCUAGCAAAAGAUAUCGAUAUGAAGAUUGUAGCAAGUGCAUCUACACAAAACCAAGGAAAUUAUACAGUUAAAAAAAAUAAUAGUAAUGAUAAUAUUACCUCUACUGAUGUAUAUGAUUUUAUUGACUAAUGGCAUACACAUUAAUAAAUUAUUUUGUUACAUAGAAUAA